GCUCAGUGUUUAGUAACGCUUCCUUCCAGCUAGAACACGAACUGGUUGCUUAUUCGUCUUGCGAACGCGCACCGUGCCGGACGUUACGAUCUCGCGCAAGACAAGGUGCCCGAGCCGUCUGUUGGCUGUUGGUAGAAAGCGUAGUGCAGUGCAGGGUGGAUUGUGGCGCUAGCGAAGCGUUACCAAAUUCGCGAUCGUGCCGUUGGUGGUGCAGUGCAGUUACGAAAGACGCGGUGCGUGCCAUUCGCGUGUCAAUGUAAAAUUCUACACAGAAAUAAGCAACCACGGUAAUUGCCUGCUUGCUUGAAGGUGUAGAAUGAAGCGACACUAUUACGUGCAGAAAAUGAAUAGCCAGGAAAAGUUGGGUGGUGAAUCGGCCGGUAACGAUACGGCCGCCGGCAUCUACACGAUCACGGUGCCGCGAGUUGAAGUGGCAUUUCCGCGGGCUGGCGAAGAACCCGUCGGCAAGAGUUCUCCGAGUCCUACGUUUACCGCGAUUCUGCAACGACCACCGAAGAGCGUCGUUGACUUUGGGACGGUCAAUAUUUACCAGGAUAGUGGCAGGUCGGGCCACGGGAUGGAGGGUGUUAAGGGAGGUCGUAGUGGUGCCCUCGCGGACGGUAAGAUAGUUGAUCCGUCCUUCGAUGAUAAGAGCGAUAACAGUAGCAAUCUGAGUGUGACGACCGCCAACGACGAGGACAGUGAUAUAAUAUCCGAGUACAUCGGGCAUUACGGCCGGUGGCAGUUUGGGUGGACGUUCUUGCUUUGUCUGUUCCAGAUUCCUACCACAUUUCACAUCUUCUGUUUGGUGUUUCAGGCGGCUGCCCGUGACUUUUGGUGUGCUCGGCCAGAACAUUUGGCUUCCGUACCGCUGGAACUGUGGCGAAACCUCACGCAAGCAACAACCGCCAGCCAGUGCAGUGUGCGGGCGGCACCGUACGAACAUCUGACGGUGGACAGCAUCCUCGAUUACUUCCAGGGUGCAUCGAAUGCAACCGACAGCGAGCGUAUUGCCUGCGGUGCGUACGAGUACGAUGACACAGUGUUCGGUCAAACGAUCAUCGCCGAGUUUGGGCUCGUCUGUGACCGGGGCCACCUGAUGAGCAUCGUGGAGAUGUGCUUUCUGGCUGGUGCUGCACUUGGAAGCGUUGGAAGCGGAUGGAUCUCGGACCAGUUCGGGCGACGGCACACGCUGAUGGGGUUCGCUCUGAUCCAGGGUGUUACAGGCUUUGCGCUCGGGUUCGUGACGUCGCUCCAGCUGUACAUGGGACUUCGGGUGGUGAUCGGGUUCGCCUCGAUGUCGGUCGCCGUCGUUAGCUUCGUGCUGGUGGUCGAGCUGGUAAGCGGACGGUACCGCACGAUCAUCGGCAUCCUCAACAUACUUCCGGUGGCCUUGGCCUACAUCCUGGCGGCGGGUAUCGCUUACGUGGCGCGUGACUGGCGCACGAUGCAGUUCGCCAUUACCGUGCCCGGGCUGCUGCUCGUCACCAGCUGGUACUGGUGCCCGGAAUCUCCCCGCUGGCUGCUGGCCAAAGGUCGGCUGGAUGAACUCUGCCAACUGCUGGAGCGGGCCGCCUCCACCAACAACCUACAGCUACCGGCCAACUAUCGGAAAGCGUUGCUGGUGGAUGGAACGGACGCGGGCUACGAACCGGAAGCAGCUAUCUCGGUGGGUGACGUAUUCCGGCGCAAGUUUAUACGCACCACGCUCGUCAUGAUCGUCGUCUGGUUCGGCAUCAUACUGAUCUACUUCGGCAUUACGCUGCAUCUGAGCAAUCUUGGAGGCGAUAUCUAUCUGAACACGGUCAUUGCCGGUUCGGUCGAAUCAAUUGCCAUCUGUCUCAGUAUCGUGGUGGUGCUGAAGCUCGGACUGCGGAUUAAUUUAUUCCUCUACAUGGUCGUCGCCGGAUUGUCCUGCAUCGUGAUGAACUUCGUGCCGGAUGGUAACCUCUGGCUGAUAAUUACGCUGGCGAUGAUCGUCAAGUGCUGUGUUGGAGCGUGUAAUGCCAUCAUACCGACGUUUACCGCGUACCAGUAUCCGACGACGAUGCGCAACCUUGGCGUUGGCGUGGGGAACUUUGCUGCCGGCGUGGCGCUUAUCAUUGUACCGUACCUGUGGCUGCUGGAACACGUCGAUCAGUAUCUGCCGAUGACGAUUAUGGGUGUGUUCAGCAUUAUCGGUGCCCUUUCGUUAGCCGUGCUGAAGGACAAACUGAGCAAAAAGUAUCGUCAACACAAGCAGGCCAAACAAGCGUCCACCAUCAACAAGCAGCAUGCUGCGAUGGCAAACGGUGAUUCGCAACGGCGCGUUGAUUCACAUCACCCGUACGAUGCGGCAGAAACGGCCGGAAUCAGCAACAUUGGAUUUGCGCACAACGAAAGCAUAUUCCUGUGAGGCUUGCUUUUGCUCUCUACGUAGUUGUGGUGCACAACAGAACAACGGCAACAAAUGACAGUAACGGUUAGGGUAUACGGUUUUGGUAGAAUAUAGUUUGGAGAUUUCUAAUGCAGCUAGAUGGUAGACUCAAACGGGCUAGCUGGCAAAUAGGAAACACUCGUCAUAUCGUAUCGGCUCAUCACAAAAUUUAAAGCUAGUAUUUAAAUUUACCACCUGUGGCAUUAGGUAACAAGCAAAACAAACAGGUUGAUAUUAGACGUUAGCACAAAGGUUAAACGCAAUAGGGAGGCGCUCGCAUUCAUGACAGUAUUUCGAACGGGUCGAAGGAUUGGUGUACAAAUAACGUAGAACACAAGCCCUAUAUACGGCUUACCAGCAUGGGAACAUCGCGAUCGCAACACACACGAUGAAAAACCACAAAGAAAGGACAACACACACACAAUGUGAUAAUAAAUGCUAUACCAUACGUCUGGUACAUUCAUGUAGCAAUGUCAAAAGCUCCGAUAAAGGUUGAAGCAAACAGUUCAUGGACAUGACAUGUAUUUGAGGAUGUUUGUAAGA